UCCACUUCUGUUUUAAUUAAAAAUUCUCGAAUAUUUCUUUUAUUGCUAACGAAAUCGUUCCGACGACGUUGAUCACCAUGUUUUUCCUCUUACACCGAACCGAGAUAUUAAGAACACCUAUAAUAUGAAACGAUUAAUAAUUUUACUUUGUUUUAUUAUUGAAAUUGUUCAUGGAACCAAAACUAACCAUUCAUGCGAAUGUGGGAUAGCUGGAAAGAACCGUCGUAUAGUAGGUGGGACGACAGUCCAGCCCCAUCAAUACCCUUGGCUAGUGGCCCUCAUGCUGGGGUCGAAGCUACAUUGUGGAGGAGCUAUCAUCACUGAUCAGAAUAUAUUAACAGCUGGGCACUGCAUUACUUUUGGUGUUCAUUAUCGAGAUCUGUCUGCGCAUAUUGGGAUGCACGACCGUCUUGGUUCCUCUCAUUCCGUGAUGCGCUUGUCAAAAGGCGUCAAACACCCAAGUUUCACCUCAAACGCCGUGCGGGAUAUCAACGACAUUGCUGUACUGACUCUAGAAAAGAAACUUAAGUUCUCUGACAAAGUUCGACCGAUUUGCUUGCCGAGUGAAGACAUGAAAUUUGGAGACCUGCCACUAAUAGUCGCAGGAUGGGGUAAAACGAGACAAGGUGCUCUCACUUCUUCGCGAUAUUUACUGGAAACUAAAGUAAAACUGGUACCGGCCCACAGUUGUACAAAAUCUUCUAUAUAUAAGGACAACUUCGUCUCUGAGUCUAUGAUGUGCGCUUAUAGUCUUGGAAAGGAUGCAUGUCAGGGAGACAGCGGUGGACCAAUAUUUUCGACCCAUUCCCGAACCCACCAUAAAAAAUGGUACCAAGUUGGUAUUGUAUCAUGGGGCAUAGAUUGUGCUAAGCCUGAUUAUCCAGAAUGUGGCAGGCCUUCCGACGAGAUCAUAUCAGUGAGAAUAGUAGGUGGUCGUCGGGCAGAGCCUCACUCAUUUCCUUGGACGGUCGCCAUUAUGAAAAAAGACAGUUUACACUGCGGGGGCGCUAUGAUUACCGAUAGACAUAUAUUAACUGCAGGACAUUGUUUUAAAUGGGACGAUGAAAAGUUAAUGACAGCACUCAUAGGUCUGGAUAAUAUAGAGCAUUUAGAGGAUGUUGAAAAGAGGUCUAUAUUGAAAACGGUCAUUCACGAAGACUUCACGACAACAGCAGUCAGAGAUGAGAACGAUAUAGCAAUUGCCACAAUAAAUAAGCCAGUAAAAUUUGGCAAUACUAUAAUACCAAUUUGUUUACCAAAACCGGGACAAGACUUCUCUGAAAGAAUUGGUACGGUAGUAGGCUGGGGACGACUAGGUGUCGACAAGUCUUCUUCAAAGGUUCUAAUGAGAGCUAGUCUUCGCAUUCUCAAUGACGAUGAUUGCAGUCACUCCAAAUUGUCAACACAUAUAAAGCCGACAAUGAUGUGCGCUUUCACUAAGGGGAAGGACGGUUGUCAGGGUGACAGUGGCGGACCUUUAAUAGUGUUCGAGGGCGAUGGAAGAUACGUCCAAGCAGGUAUUGUUUCAUGGGGAAUUGGUUGUGCAGAUCCCAGAUAUCCAGGAGUUUACACAAAAGUUAGCAAUUACAUCGAUUGGAUUAGAAGACAUUCAGCAGAUGGUAACACAUGCGAAUAGUCAGAAUACCAUGUAUAUAUAAAACGAAUAAAAUAAAAUUAUAUUUA